GGCUCGCGUACCACGUGCGAAGCAAGCGAGAGAAGCUGGCGGCCUAGGUCGGCUCUGCCAGAGUGGGAGUGGACCCUUAGCUCGGGCUUUCAGGAAAGCACCGGCUCCUGGUGGGCGCGAGCCACCCUCCCUCGGCGUCCUAGGCAUCCUCGGCACUCUGCGCCGCUAUGUGGGCCGCCGUAAGGGCCGUCUUGAGGCCCUGUGCUCGCUCGGCUGCCUCUGGGCCGCGGGCCUAUCACGGGGACGCGGUGGCAUUGCUGGGCUCCAGGCAGGACUCGGGUUCCGCUGUGUACCAGGAGAACUAUGAGCAGAUGAAGGCACUGGUGGGUCAGCUCCGGGAACGCACGGAACAGAUACAACGAGGAGGCAGUGAAAAAGCCCGGGCACUUCAUACAUCAAGAGGAAAACUGUUGCCCAGAGAAAGAAUCGACAAUCUCAUCGACCCAGGGUCUCCCUUUCUGGAGUUAUCCCAGUUUGCAGGGUACCAGCUGUAUGGUGAUGAAGACGUUCCUGCAGGUGGCAUCAUCACCGGCAUUGGAAGGGUGUCAGGAGUAGAAUGCAUGGUUGUUGCCAAUGAUGCCACUGUCAAAGGAGGCACCUACUACCCUGUUACUGUGAAAAAGCACCUUCGGGCACAGGAAAUUGCACUGCAGAACCGACUCCCCUGCAUCUACCUGGUUGACUCAGGUGGUGCCAAUUUACCUCGCCAAGCUGAUGUGUUUCCAGAUCGAGAUCAUUUUGGCCGCAUAUUCUAUAAUCAAGCAAUCAUGUCUUCUAAAAAUAUUACACAGAUCGCCGUGGUCAUGGGCUCCUGUACAGCGGGUGGCGCCUACGUGCCUGCGAUGGCUGAUGAGAACAUCAUUGUGCGCAAGCAGGGGACCAUCUUUUUGGCAGGACCCCCCCUGGUUAAAGCAGCCACUGGCGAGGAGGUGUCCGCUGAGGAGCUUGGAGGUGCUGAUCUUCACUGCAGGAAAUCCGGGGUCACUGACCACUAUGCUUUGGACGAUCAUCACGCCCUUCACUUAGCAAGGAAGAUUGUAAGGAGUCUGAAUUAUCAGAAGAAACUGGAUGUUACUGUGGAGCCUUCUGAAGAGCCUUUGUUUCCUGCUGAUGAAUUGUAUGGAAUAGUUGGUGCUAACCUUAAGAGGAGCUUUGAUGUCCGAGAGGUCAUUGCUAGAAUUGUGGAUGGAAGCAGAUUCAAUGAGUUUAAAGCCUUAUAUGGAGAUACAUUAGUAACAGGAUUUGCUCGAAUAUUUGGAUACCCGGUAGGUGUCAUUGGAAACAAUGGAGUUCUGUUUUCUGAAUCUGCAAAAAAGGGUGCUCACUUCAUCCAGCUGUGCUGCCAAAGAAAUACUCCUCUGCUGUUCCUUCAGAACAUUACUGGAUUCAUGGUUGGUAAAGACUAUGAAGCUGAGGGCAUUGCCAAAGAUGGUGCCAAGAUGGUGACUGCGGUAGCCUGUGCCAAAGUACCGAAGAUAACUGUCAUCAUUGGGGGGUCCUAUGGGGCUGGAAACUAUGGAAUGUGUGGCAGAGCUUACAGCCCAAGAUUUCUCUACAUGUGGCCAAACGCUCGUAUCUCAGUGAUGGGAGGAGAGCAGGCAGCCAAUGUGUUAGCCACUGUAGCCAAGGACCAAAGAGCACGGGAGGGAAAACAGUUCUCCAGUGCCGAUGAAGCGGCUUUGAAAGAACCCGUCAUUAAGAGGUUUGAAGAGGAAGGAAACCCGUACUAUUCCAGUGCAAGGCUGUGGGAUGACGGCAUUAUUGAUCCGGCCGACACCAGACUGGUCGUGGGUCUCAGUAUCAGUGCAGCCCUCAACGCACCCAUCCAGAAGACUGAAUUUGGCGUCUUGAGGAUGUAACUGGAGUCAAACAUUUGGAAUAGCUUUAAAGUCUGAAGUUGUUUAAACAUGCAACUGUUACAAUAAUAUUUUUCCUAAACAGUGCAUUGUGUUUUUCUACCUUUAAAAAAAAAAAAACCAAUUCCUUUUAAAGUUUCUUAGAGAAAUUUCUCUAUGGCUCAGUUUUACUGACUAUGAAAUGAAGAAAAUAAUUUACUACUAUUGUUUUUAUCCAACAAGAAGUAUGAAAAAACCCUAUAAUCUGUAAAUUCCUGCUAUUAUUGAGAUCAUUAAUAUAAAGUUAUAUCUCCAAUGAAAUGAUCAUUUUGCUGACGAUGCUUCAUCAUAUUUUGGCACAGUUUUAAAAAUCAUGUAUUACUUUUCCCUUCAGCCACUCUGCCAUCUCCCUCCCAUGGAAAUCAGAUCACCUGUGUCUGUGCCCUGGCUCUUUCUUCCCAUUCUGUCUUCCCUCUGUCACUGGCUUCCACCACCAGCAGUUGCCCCAGGGAUCCCGAGAUCCUGGUGCUGUGAAAUCAGUUGGCUGCCCCUGACCUUAGCAGAGGGAACCUAGCUCACUGUCAUGAUUUUCACUGGUGGCCCUGAGCACAUUCUUGUUCUAAAAGAGACAACGUGCAAAUACCUAUUUUUAAAAAUUGUGGUUAGACAUGUAUAAAUUUAUCUCAACCAUUUAUUUUUAUCUUUUCUCUUUUCAUUGGUGUAUGUUUGCAAUAUGUACUAAAUAUAUUCACUGUGAGGAAUGGAUGGGUGUGCAUAUCACAUCUUGAUAAUUUUUAUUUCUCCUUUCCCACCUCUCCCUCAUCCCUUCUCCCAUCCCUAGAUCCUUUCCCAUUGCCACAGGCUUUCUUUCUGUUUCCUAUCUAUCUUUUAUGUUGCUGUUUAAAUUUAUUUAUAUUUUGAGUUUCUUACAUAAAGAAACCAUGCAGUAUUUACACUUCUAUGUCUGAUUUACUUUGCAAAGCAUUAUGGUCACAAGGUGAAUCCAUUAUCCUAAAAGUGACUCAAAAUAACCUUACACCUGAAGAAUGUCCACUUCACUAUUUUUAAGCUCAGUGUCAUUAAAUACCUUCAUUUGUGCAACCAUCACCACCAUCCAUGUCUAGAGUUUUAUGCUGUGUCUCCAAUGCCUGCCAUUUGCACAUGUGUAGUAUUUGUUGAAUGAAUAAAUAAAUGGAAAAAAUUGUAAAUUGAAAAUUGUAACUACUGUCAUGAGGCCACAAAGAUUUAAAUUGAGUGAUCUGAUAUAUGAUUUCAUGUGACCAUCAGAUAUUUUCUUAAUAAAAUUAACAUUUCAAACA